AUGCCGCGGCGGACCUGGGCUUUCAGCCUGGGGCUGUGCUCGUGGCUCUGCUUUGUAGGGCCAUCCCCACGGCGGCCGGAAGCGCCUCGGCCGGGCGCGCGGCGUGCGCCGGCGACUUCGCCGGACGCACGGCUCGCGCGGGGUGCGCGGAGCGCCUUCGGGCGCGGGAGCGCAACGCAGCAUGGGCACCAGCUGUGGUGGCGCCUGCAGUCCUGGUGGCCCUGGAAGAAGCCGCAUUACAAUGAGCCGGCAUUCGUGCAUGCGAUCCUGAUCAAGCUGCAGCUGCUGUGGAAGGCCACAGGCCUGGGUCCGUGGCUUGGCCUCAUUUGGUCGGCGCUCUCGCCCUACCCGCCCUUCUCCUGGAUGCAGUGGGCGGUCUUCAAGGCGCGAGCCGAGCUGCGGCCCUAA